AUGCUGCCACGGCGACUCCUCUGUCUGCUGGGAUUACUUGUGCUCUGCAGAGGCCAGGAGGAGAGCUUGCCGGGCGAGUCCUGCGACAACUUCACCGACUUGGACUUCUCCCACAGCUUCAUGGGGACCAGCCUGUACGUCCGGCUGCUCCUCUACACCCGCUCCAACCUGGGCUGCGGCCAGGAGCUCAGACACCGUCACCUGUCCUCCCAGCCGCUCUUCAACCUCUCCCUGCCCACCGUCUUUGUCAUCCACGGCUACCGGCCGACCGGAGCGCCCCCCAUCUGGAUAGACCACCUAGUGCGCCUGCUGGCCAAGCAGGAGGACAUGAACGUCAUCGUGGUGGACUGGAACAAAGGCGCCGCCAACCUCAACUACUUCAUCGCAGUGACCAACACACGGCAGGCGGCCCACAACCUGACCAGCUUCAUCCUGACCAUGCAGGAGGAGGGGGCCUCUCUGAACUCCGUGCAUCUGAUCGGCAUGAGUCUCGGGGCCCACCUGGCCGGCUUCGUGGGGGCCAGCCUGAAGGGAAAGAUCGGCCGCAUCACAGGUCUGGACCCGGCCGGUCCCAUGUUCGCUGGAGCGACGCCAGACGAGAGGCUGGACCCCUCAGAUGCCAAGUUCGUAGAUGUCCUUCACACCGACAUGAACUCGUUUGGACUGCAAGGGGCUCACGGCCAUAUUGAUUACUACGCAAAUGGUGGUUUUGACCAACCAGGUUGCCCCAAAACCAUCUUCUCAGGAAAGUCUUACUUUGUGUGCGACCAUCAGCGGUCUGUGUUCCUUUAUCUGUGCGCUCUCAACCAAACCUGCAGUCUCACAGGCUACCCCUGCUCAACCUACAAUGACUUCCUAGAUGGGCGGUGUCUGCAGUGUGAGGCCUUUAGGCCUGCUUCCUGCCCUAUGCUUGGUUAUGAUGUCAGCGGGUGGAGGGAUACGCUGCUGCGAUUAGGCCAGACCAAAGCGUACUUCAGCACCACAGCUACAUUCCCCUAUAGAAAGGCGAGCUACCGUGUGGAUAUGGUGACCUGGAACCAGUACCUCCGCUGGGCUGUGGUCUACAUCAAACUACACAGCGGCAGGAGCGCCACAGAGACACGCAUCGACCACAAGCUGUUCAGGUUCGAGCAGUACACCUCCACGCGUCUGCUGGCCCAGUUCGACGAGGACCUGCACCCUAUCCAGAAGAUCUCCAUGCGUAUUAGCACCGGCAAUGUGAUCGGCCCCAGAUACAAAAUCAGACUGCUGCGAAUACGUCUAAUACCACUGGAUCGACCGGAUAGGCCCCUGAUGUGCCGCUAUGACAUCAUCAUGGAGGAGAACAUGGACGUGGCCUUCCGUCCUCUGCCCUGUGACUCUUACCCCUGA